AUGAAGAGGCAACGGUCGCCGCAAAUAAAUCGGCCGUAUGCGGCUGUGUUAGACGGGCUGGAUGGUGUCUUGCGGAGGUACCAUCAUUCCGUCAAAACGUGGCAUGCCGAGGGUUCGGUCUGCGCGCAGCGCGACGCUGCUACCGACGUGUCUUCUACACAGAAAGGGUUCGGAGCUAAUGUGGGCGCCUCCUUCGACGAGGAAGCUGCUCCUUCGCCUGAAUCCGCCACCAGCCGAGUUAUGGAGGCUAGCAACGCCUUGCCCGACCUGCUCGGCGGCAUUCUGUACGACUUCGGCAGGGUCAUGCAGCGUGAAAGCUCGCGCUUCGAUGCAUUCGACGUUUUGUACCGCGCUGUGGCCAAAGUACGCGAUAGGGAGGCUGCCGUGAAGGCGGUAAAGCAUCGACGGCGCUCUGCGGUUCCGCCAGUGAACGUCUACCACCAGCUGCUGGCCCGGCGCAUGGGACGUGGUUCUGCUGUCAGCGCCCUGGGAGAUCGGCCGUAUCGCAAGGUCGCCAAGCGCUUCAAGCGGGCGGCGAACGUCUGGGGGCACCACUGCUGCCUGGACGAAAUCGACCCUAGCAAGCCUUACAACGAACCGCCGCAGGUGCGUUGCAUACGCUUCGACAGGACCGGCGACGUGCUCAUCACCGGGGGCGAUGAGGGCAUUAUCAAGCUCUGGCACACCUUCAACUGCACCCUGAUAACGAGUUUGCGCAAGCAUGCAGGCGGCGUGGUCUCCAUGGAUGUGCACCCGAACAACUACUUCAUUUUGAGUUGCUGCGACGGCGGCGAGAUGUGGCUCUGGGAGAUCAACGGCAACCUUUACAGGCCUCAUAAGCGGGUGUCAAGCCCGUUCAAGUACCUGUGGUGCCGGUUCGCGUCCUUCGGGGGCAGCGUCGGGGGUGUGGCCACUGGCUUCAGCGAUCGUUGCGAACGGGAGAUCGACAGCACCUUGGUGGUGUGCGUCACCACCGACUCCAGGCUAUCCGUCUACCGCAUGCGAGACCUCGUGGUAUCCUCUAGUGGGAACAACGUCGUCAGGGAGGUGGCGCCGUUGUACGUGGUGGAGCUGUUCAACCACAACAUAAAGGCGUACGACGUCUCACGCCCGCUGAUGCACGACCAUUCGUUCCUGAUCGCCAUCGGCAUCGAGCCCAUGUUCUUGGAGGAGUUGCGUCUUGCCGACGACGCCGCGUCUUCCGCACUCUCCAUCCUGCAGGGUGAAGCCGCAUCACGCUCCGCCGACCGCGCUCAGGGGCAGUAUGGCAAGAUCACGUCGAAUGCGCUUUGUGCGCUCUUCAACAUCUCCACGGGCUCGUUUCUAGCAUCCUUUGGCGACUCCGCUGCCGCAAACAGCGCAUCGGGGAUGGAUCUGGACACCACGGCUCCAAGUGUACCGGAACGGCGUAGCUCCGUUCCCGAGGGUGAGGUCGGAACCGAAUUCUGCGUAUGCGACGUCUCGAUGGACGCGUUUCUGGAUGUUGCUGGGAGGUGCAGGUGCUGCCUUAAGCCGGUGCGCACUUUUACGUUCAGGGAGGUGCCACGGUCGUCCCCCAGGGACUGCCUGGCGCAUUCGGAGGAGUCCUCUCCCAACGCGCGGGGUUCCAAAGCUGACGCAGGGCCGUUUUCGCGCCCAAGUGCGCCACACUUCUGCUGGAAAGUGGAUGCUAACGAGCUGGAGACCUACAUCCGGCGGGAGCUGGAGGGAUACGCCAUCCACGAAGAGUCGCAGGUCGCGGCAUCCGUCAGGUUCGGCACCAACAGCAUGCCGUUUGGACGCUUGACGUCUACGGUGGUCUUUCCGUCCUACAUGGACACCCCGUAUCUGUUAUUCGACGCCUUGGACGCGGAGCAGCGUGACACCGGGAACUUCGACGACCUGAUCUACCACGUGCAGCGUGGCCACGAGCUGAGUCCCGACGUGUGUUUCGCUAACCACAGCCUGAACCACGUCACCGGCAGCGAUGACGGUAAGGUGUUUCUAUGGGUGCACUGUGGCUCUACGGUCAAGUUCAGGAGCACCCCGCUACCCACGAGGUGCAUAAAUAGAUGGGUGUGCAACGAUUCUUCAGAGACCGCACCCUGUCGCCAGGCUCCAGCCAUCUUCGAUCCGGCAUUCAUAGCGGAACCGCCAGUGACGGUUGCAGAGUGUGCAGCUGAUGCGCCUAUUGGUCUAUUUCCAGAUACAGCAUUUUCCAGCACACAGGAAGGCGCGGAUGUUGGGCGUGGUUCCACAUUUGCGCCCAUGGAUGUCGACAUCGCAAAAUCUGAGGACACUAGUAUGCAGAACACUGACCUUGCUACAGAAGCAGUUGACACGUCAGCGAACGUGACUGAACUGGAUCUCACAGUGAUAAAUUCCGGCACGUCGGAACCGGCGCCACCCUCUUCACGUGAUGAUGCUUCGGAAAAAGGUAAGCGACAUGGGCAUGGAGCGGCUUCUUUGGCGAGUGGUCAUCUACCCAAGGAUGGUGAUAGUAAUGCUGUGGCUGAAAUGGAAGUGGAAGAAUGCCACGACUAUUGCAGGCCGCCAUGGUUAACAGACUUGACAUCAGAGGACUUGGAUGUUUGCGAUACAUUCCUGGCAAGUGAUAGGGUGAAGCCAUCUAUGCGUGAGAAAGAGGUGUACCAAAGCAGGAAUGCUCCAUCAAAGCUUUUUAAGGAGGGCGACUCCAGUAAGCAGCAUAUGAGUGAGUCCGGUCACCACUACAUGGUAACGGCUAUUGCGUGGUCCGUGAACGACGAGUAUAUAUUCAUCGCAGACAGCAUAGUCACGCGCUUCAACGUGAAGAAGCUGAUAACGGCGUCCCGCACCAUAUUGUCAGGGGUCUCGGUUUUCACAUCUCAGGGUAUCCCCGUUGCCGACUUCCUGCACAACGAAAUCAGCCAUCACGUCGGGUGCGUGAAACCGCACCCGCUGACCGAUGAUCUAGCCCUGGUGAUCACUUAUGGCGGGGUGAUUUAUGUACUGUCGGUCGAGAGCAAGUCGGUUGUCAGGAAGCUGGACUGCGGGCCGAACGCCGUUUGGUUGGACGCUGACUGGCACCCUGGCGGGAUGUACUUUGCCGCCUGCCAAUCGUUCGGCUGCUUCUCUCUGUUCACGGUUGAUGGUCUGCUGAGCAACUAUCGCGCUACACUCAACAACCAAUGUGGGUACAGCGACAUGCUGCCCAUAAAUACGUCGGCCUUCUACUCUGGUGCGGAGAACGAAUCUGUGGACAUGCGGCGUUACCACUACGGGUCAAAUCUCAUGCCUCCGCUGGAGCUGGAUGGGAAGGGCUGCAGCGAAAGCUUGCGGUUCUACACGGCGAGCUCCGUCCACACGGUGCUGGACGACAACCACUGCGAAGUCCUCUACGCGUGCUCACCGGUAGCAAUGCAGGUCGAUGACACCAAGCUUUGGCGCAACCGUCUUCUAGACAUGUCAGUGGUCCCAGCGCAUCUCUGGCUGCCGAUUUCGGUAUUGAGCCGCAUCCCGCUGGAUAUCAACGUGGUGGAGUUUUUACAGUGGCACUUCGGCGUCUACGGUAAGUGCGACGUCCCGGAGCUUAUCGCCUGGUUUCUCUGUGUGAACAAGUUGGACGUGCUAGGAAAUUUCACCAACCGAGUCCGUCGCGUGGUUUGCCCGUAUGGAGGUGUUACAUGCGUGGCCUGCCAGCACAUCAUCACGAGCUCCGAUCGUGCGGAGCGGUAUGCAGAGUUGUCGGUCGAACAGCACGGAGCGAAGUCCAAGGUCAACGAGCGUGGCGACAUCAUUGCCUGCUUGCCCAUUGCGUUGCGCCCGCAGUCCUCCACCGCUCCUCACCCCCCUGCAGCGCCGAUUGAGAGGCGACCGCAAGCGGUUUCUCCGCUUAAUAGGGCGAAUGCAGCGGCUACAACCACGCGUUACAAUCAGGGUUCACGUGCCCAAGUCGUUUCGAGGUCGAGUGAAGGCGGGCGAUCAGGCUCGGGCACACGCCACACUUCAUCGAGUCGGCUUCCUCCCACAAGGGUGCAGCCCCCCCGUGGCGCUGCGGCUAGACCCAGCACAGGCGCCUCCUCGACAACUGCGCAAACGUUCACUGAUGCUGCUCACACGAGGGCGUCGCCUAGAAGAACCGCCGCGCCGGUUGCAACGUCACCAGCUCCGGGUUCGCCGAAGGAAACCCCCGCUUCAAAUCGCGCAACUUCUCAGAUGCAGAUGGGAUUGGCAGAGAUAGAUCGUGCGCUCGCGCGGGUCACCUCUGACGAGCGUACAGUACGACGGUUGCGUCGUGAGAUGCGCGUCAAUCAAUCUUCGGAUGACGAGUCACCGACUGAUCGCGUUAGCAGCAGCUACUCAUUCCGCAACCGUCGGCAAUGCGUAGAAGGUGGCGUUAAGAGAGAGUUGGAACGAGCUACGUAUCUGGAUGGAGUUCUAGGCCCGAUUGGUUUGUCCAAAGCGGCCCACCAGGCGUCGAGCCCACUUGACGCAGUGUGCCUGCUGUGUGGUUUCGGUUCAGACAGCUCAAAAUCCAAGCGUAACACGGGAGUCAAGGUAUAUAUCGGCGGUUCUACAUUAGUGAGGAACACCUUGAUUGGUCCGUUUGCUGUGUCCAAGCGGUACAUGGACAUGAUGGAACAGGAGUUCCCCAAGCUGUUUGACCGCAUGGGCAACGAGGUGUUCAUGCACGUGGGAUGUUUGGCAGCUGCUACCAAUCUCGUUCUCGACUCAAGCGGGCAUAAGAUUGCGAACCUGCUCGAAGUGUUGAUACGUGGCAUGCAUGACAAGUGCGCGUACUGCGGCGGCAGCUCCGCGACGCUUCACUGCAGCGGGACUGAUUGCAAUCGGGCAUUCCACUACCCCUGCAGCAUCACGUGCGCGGAAGACGAGGCGUACCAGCGUCAGCAGCCCACAUCGCGGCGCAACCCGUCAUUCUGGUCAAGGAUGAACAACCCGGUAGAUCCGCUCUUGUGCGACCGUUUUCUGUGUCUGGAGUGCACGCUGAAGGACUGGAUAGACGGGUCCCCAUCUGUGGAGCCGCUCUGCACGGGCGAACACUUCCUCAGCGAUGAACCCCGUGCGUGGUUUUACUCGGAUGCGAGGGAUAUGUAUCCCAACUGUUACGUCCCCCAGGGUGGCGACUUGAUAUUCAUCCCCCUCCAGGCCAGAAGUAGCAUCAAGGCGAACAGUGCGAUACCGUGGUCAUCCGCCUUGCACACGCAUAUUCUGGAGGUGAAGAAGAUCGACUAUCGAUUUUGCGGCCCGAUAUCUGGUGACAUCGGCAUCUGCUCGGUUCUGUGGGUUCGCCAGAUGGACAACAACAAACGCCAGUCGCUGUUUUACCGCCCAGGCGACCUUACCGUGUUGACCUUGGUGGAUGUGCUAGUUGGCGUUUGGCGUUUGGACAAGGUCAACGUCGGCGAUUCCGUCAAGGUGCUUUGUGCCGACGGGUGGAAGGACGCUACAGUGAGUGGCAUCAAGGACCCUCUGGUUUGCAGUGCCAAUUACAAUCUGGUUUCUGGCGAUUUCAGCACGGCUAACGUGUCCAGACUGGGUCGAGCUGCCAUUGACCUGGGUACGAACUGCAUCCAGGCCAAGCUUGUGUCCGACUCGUCGGAGCAGUGGUACUCCGCGUGGCAGUUCCGUAUUGACCCCGCCAGUGAAUCGAGUCUGUCUGACGAGUUGCACCAACGUCUGUUUCCCGCCGAGGCGAAGGAGGAGUUGAUCAACCUGACAUUGGACGGAAGUUUCGAGGAAUUUAAUAUUUUGCCGAACUGGGCGGAGUGCGAUGAAAGUUGGGUUCGCACGUACUGGUCCACCGUUGCAUGCCCGAUGUCCAUGGAAAAGGUCCGACAGCGCAUUUUGAAUUCGUACUACAUGUGCCCCCAGGGGUGCCUGUCCGAUCUUGAGGUUAUUGUGCGCAACUGCAGGUUCUUCAAUCCGCCGUCCAGCGUGCUCUGUCAGGUCGCUCAGACGCUGGAGCGGGCAAUAUCCACAACUCGAGACGAGAUUAGACGCGUUAUGAAUGCGGAAAAGUAUGCUAAGUUGCUGAUUCAGCACUUGCGACCCUUUUUAGACCGCUUGUUCGUAGCUCCCAGCGCGUCUGACCAUGAGGUUGUUGGACAGGAUAGCAUUACGCCAACACAACCUGAUUCAAUGUCGCAGAGUCAGCCAUUCGACGCAGACGUAAGUCCGGCGUCCACCUUCGGGGCCAUCUCACCAACGCAAGCCGCCGACUGUUUCGACGACGACGAUAUGCCCAUCCGACGUUCAGCGCGUUUGCUACGGUCACGGGCUUCAGUGAGUGAUGAUAUACAGGCACAUCGACCCCCACAAGCCUCCACGGCGCCACUGAGGUCCGAGAUCCAAGAAGAAACUGGUGAUUCUUUAGGCAGCGAAUCUCGGCAAAUAUCUUCACGAGAGGAUGCGGGUUCCGUUAUUCGCCAUAUAGGCACUUCAUCCUCCAGUCGGCGAUCGUCCGUGCCAUCGGGGAGCACUCAAGUGCAACAUCCUGACAGCGGCAGGCCAACGGCGGCCGGCGAACUGCAGGCGACCAACCGUCGCACCUCGUCUCGUUUGGCGGCCAUUAGUGAGAGGGAGGCAGAGCAGGCGAAAAACGCCGCUCUGGAGAGGCAGCGGCAGGAAGAGGAAGAAAAGCUUAGGCGAACGUCUGCGUCACGCUAUAACCUCAGAGGGAUUUGA